GCGCGCGCUUAUUGGCUGACGCGGAGGCCCACCCUCUCGCCGACCAGUCGCCGCCGUCCGCAGCGCGUUAGGCUGCGCGGCUCGGAGGCUGCCACUUGCCUGCGGGCUUUCGUCGGCGGAGACGGGCCUGGGCCCGGUUUGCGAGCCUUCCCCAAAAUGUCUGAAGGAGAAGCCAAGCAGGUGCCCAGUAGCGGCUCUGACACGAAGCCGGACUCGGGGCCUGGCCUGGCCUCGCUGUCACCGCCCAUGGCUUCUUCUGCCCCCCAAGAGGAGGAAGAGGAGGAGAGCGAGGACGAAUCAGAGAUCCUGGAAGAGUCGCCCUGUGGAAGAUGGCAGAAGAGGCGGGAAGAGGUAAAUCAGCGCAAUGUUCCUGGGAUCGACAGCGCCUACCUCGCGAUGGAUACGGAAGAAGGUGUGGAAGUUGUGUGGAAUGAGGUGCAGUUCUCCGAGCGCAAGAAUUUUAAGCUUCAGGAGGAGAAGGUCAAAGCUGUCUUUGACAAUCUAAUCCAGCUGGAGCACCUGAAUAUUGUGAAAUUCCACAAGUACUGGGCUGACGUGAAGGAGAACAAGGCCAGGGUGAUCUUCAUUACAGAGUACAUGUCCUCUGGCAGCCUGAAGCAGUUUCUGAAGAAGACAAAGAAGAACCACAAGACUAUGAAUGAAAAGGCUUGGAAGCGCUGGUGUACACAAAUCCUUUCUGCUCUCAGUUAUCUCCACUCUUGCGACCCCCCAAUUAUCCAUGGAAACUUGACUUGUGACACCAUCUUUAUCCAGCACAACGGGCUGAUCAAGAUUGGGUCAGUCUUUCAUAGGAUUUUUGCUAAUGUUGCUCCAGAUACCAUCAACAACCACGUGAAGACCUGUCGUGAGGAGCAGAAGAACUUGCACUUUUUUGCUCCAGAGUAUGGCGAAGUUGCACACGUGACCACCGCCGUGGAUAUCUACUCCUUUGGGAUGUGUGCUCUGGAGAUGGCAGUGCUGGAGAUACAGGGAAACGGUGAAUCGUCCUACGUGCCCCAGGAAGCAAUUAACAAUGCCAUUCAGUUGCUGGAGGACCCCUUGCAACGGGAGUUCAUUCAGAAGUGCCUGGAGCUGCAGCCGAGUAAGCGUCCCACCGCUCGCGAGCUCCUCUUUCAUCAGGCCCUGUUCGAAGUGCCCUCUCUGAAGCUCCUGGCAGCACACUGCAUUGUGGGCCAUCAGCAUAUGAUCCCUGAGAAUGCGCUAGAAGAAAUGACCAAAAACUUGGACAUGAACGCUGUUCUGGCUGAAAUCAACCAUGCUGACCGCGAGGGCAUCCGCAUGAUCUUCUCCCAGUCCCCAGCACUGGAGCUAGACAAAUUCUUGGAGGAUGUAAGGAAUGGUAUCUACCCUCUCACUGCCUUUGGCCUGCCACGACAUCAGCAGCCACAGCAAGAGGUAGUGAAAUCCCCCAUCGCGCCCCCAUCAGUGAAGACACCGACGCCAGAACCUGCUGAGGUGGAGACUCGCAAGGUGGUGUUGAUGCAGUGCAACAUUGAGUCAGUGGAGGAGGGCGUAAAGCAUCAUUUAACGCUGCUGUUGAAACUGGAAGACAAAUUGAAUCGACACCUAAGCUGUGACCUGCUGCCCAAUGACAAUAUCCAAGAACUGGCGGCAGAAUUGGUCCAGCUGGGAUUCAUCAGUGAGGCUGAUCAGAGCCGACUAAGCUGUUUACUUGAAGAGGCAUUCAGCAAGUUCUUCUACUCACGGAACGGGGCACUGGCGGCAGUUACCGUGACGUCUUAAGGGCCGCCCCCCCUUGCCACUGGCGUCCCCGCUCUGCA